AUGAUUCUAAGUUCCAUCAUUAUUAAUUUUUUAUUCAUCAAAUUCAGGUGUCUGUCACUUUACAGGCAAAGGAAGAAUUCCUGGAACACUGCAACUUCCUAGAACACUGGUUUUCAGCAUGUGCAGCAAAUAGGACACUGUCCUAUGGAAGAGACUACGAGCAUGGGCAAAUAAUUCCCUUGAAGAUUGCCAUCAUUUCUGGCCCAAAUAUGAGCUCCCUUCUGCUGCUGCUGCUCCUCUUCCUCUGCCUCCUCCGGGGUGGCAAUUCAUCGCCGGAGGAAGAGCUGCAGAUUCUUUUAGAAUUCAAAGCAUCUCUGAGUACCACCAAGAAUAACACCUUCGAGUCAUGGACCUCGGAGGGUCGCUCCACUUGCAGCUUUGCCGGGAUCAAGUGCGACUCCACCGGCUCCGUCUCCGAGCUCGACCUCACCGACUCGGGCCUCUCCGGCACGAUACCCUUCCGUUCCCUUUGCCGCCUCCCCUCGCUCUCCAGACUCUCCCUCGGCUCCAACCUCCUCUGCGGCUCCAUCACUGUCGGCCUCCUCAAUUGCACCAGUCUCCGCCAUCUCGAUCUCGGCUUCAAUUAUCUCGCCGGAGCCGUCCCCGGCUUGGCGCCUCUGAACGAGCUCCGAGUCCUGAACCUAUCCGACAACGCCCUCACCGGCCUCUUCCCGUGGGGCUCGCUGGGUAAUCUCACAGAUCUGGAGGUGCUAAGCCUCGGAGACAACUUGUUCGAUUCCAGUCCCUUCCCUGAGGUGGUGGUGAACUUUGCCAGGCUCACUUGGCUGUUCCUAUCGGACUGCAACAUCCGCGGCGAGAUCCCGUUUUCCAUCGGUAACCUGACGCACCUCGUCGACCUUGAACUCGCCGACAACUUCCUCACCGGUGGAAUCAUUGCGGAGAUCGCAAGGCUCCGCAACCUCCGGCAGCUGGAACUCUACAAAAACUCGCUAACCGGAAGCCUUCCGCCGGGGUUCGGAAACCUCUCCAACCUGGCCUACCUCGAUGCGUCCAUGAAUUUGUUGAAAGGGGAUCUCUCCGAGCUCCGCAGUCUGAAUAACCUCGUCUCCCUCCAACUAUUUCUUAAUGACUUCUCCGGCGAGGUCCCGCUGGAGUUGGGGAACUUCCGGUACCUAACCACCCUUAGUCUCUACUCAAAUAGGCUCACUGGAAUGCUUCCGCCGAAGCUCGGGAGCGUGUCGGAGUUCGAGCACAUAGACGUGUGGGACAACUUUUUCACCGGCGAGAUCCCACCUGAUAUGUGCCGGAAGGGGAAGAUGAGGAAGCUUCUAACGGGAGACAACAAAUUCACCGGAAAGAUACCAGAGAGCUACGCCAACUGCUCAUCGUUGGUCAGGUUGAGGGUGAGAAACAACUCCCUCAACGGCGUGGUUCCUGCCAGGCUCUGGGGCCUGCCCAAUCUGGAGAUCAUAGACCUCGCAUUCAACCGAUUCGAAGGCCCAGUAAGCGCAGCGAUCGGCGAGGCCAAGCCACUGAGAUUUCUGUUUCUCAACAACAACUACUUCUCUGGCAAGCUGCCGGACAUCACAGGAGCAAGGUGGCUCUACCUACAAUACAUGGACGUCUCCUACAAUCAACUGACAGGAACACUGUCGCCACACCUGGGAGAAUCCAGGACGCUCGUUUACUUGCUCAUGGCGGGCAACCAGCUCUCCGGACAUAUUCCCGACUGUUGGCAGCGCAUGGAAAACUUGACCUUCUUGGAUUUGUCCAGCAAUAAUCUCACCGGAAGGAUUCCGAGCACGAUGGGCUCCAUGGUUAGUCUUCACACGUUGCACUUGAACAACAACUCUUUCACCGGCCGAUUUCCUUUGUCGCUGCGCAAGUGUCAGGGUCUUGUCACGCUUGACAUCGGAGAAAACAGGUUCCACGGAGAGGUUCCGCCAUGGAUAGGAGACAGCUUCCCGGCGCUGAAGAUUCUCCGCUUGCGCGCGAAUAGGUUCAGCGGCGGCAUUCCUCCACAGCUAUUUCGCCUUGCGGCGCUUCAGCUCUUGGACCUCGCUGACAACGAGCUCACGGGAAGCAUACCACGGAGCGUCGGUAAUCUAGCAGCGAUGGCCAUCAGACGACAACAGCGAGACGAUUUGGACAGAAACGCAUUUGGUUACUCGGACAGCGUUUCUUUGAUGUGGAAGGGGGAAAUGUCUUUCUUCAAGCGGACACUUUCACUGGUUCGAGGCAUCGAUCUCUCGUGCAACUUUCUUUCGCAGGAGAUCCCAUCGGAGCUGACAAAUCUUUCAGGAAUGGUCUACCUAAACUUAUCCAGGAACGAUCUGACAGGAUCUAUACCAAGUGCGAUCGGCAAUCUGGACCUGAUAGAAUCUCUGGACUUGUCAAGGAAUCAACUUUCAGGUGCAAUCCCCCCAAGCAUCGCGUCAUUGACAUUUCUGGAUUCGUUGGACCUAUCAAGCAACAACUUGUCGGGGAGAAUACCCUCGGGCAAUCAACUGCAAACGCUUGACCCCUCAGUUUACGCCGGCAACGACGGGCUCUGUGGACCUACGUUACCCAAGAAGUGUUCGGAUCAUUGGGAAUGGUCGACUGAUGUUGAGGAGAACGGCGACGGGAAUGAAAUCAUAUGGUUAUAUCUCGGCACCGGACACGGAUUUGUGGUGGGUUUUUGGGGAUUCAUAGGCCUUUUAUCCUUCAAAACAUCUUGGAGGCUUGCUUUCUUUCGUUCCAUGGAUAAGGUGCUGUCGAGAUUAUCCAUAGGGUAGAAGAGGUGAACCUCCACGUCUCAAAUAUUCUUACCACAUACCGAAGCAAGCAGUCACUAUGGAAACAAAUAGAUAUACUUACCAAAGAAAGGAAAAGAGAAGAGAAGAUGGACACAUAAGAACAGAACUCUAGCAAGCAUAGAAGAUGGAUCUGCUUCCACAAAAGGCAUCAAGUAUGGAAUGUGCAUAAUUCUUCUGACAAAACAAGUUUAAAAUGUCAAGAAAGAUUCUCUCUUUGAUUGGCAGCAACACUUUCAAGUCAAGCAAUAAUAAAGGUCAUCCUCAAGAUUUUCCGCUACAUCAACUAAAUAAAUAGUGAGCAAGCAUGCAGACUAUGUAUUCUGUGAUCAGAGCCUCCCACAAUCUGUCGGUAUUGAAUACUUCAACUGCAGAAACUAUGCAAUCUGUGCAGAAGAUUUACAUAAUGGUGCACAAACAAGAAUCCAAAUACUCAUCCUCAGAGUCGCUUGAAU